GGCCCCGGCGGCUGGCCCGGCGCUGAGCUCAGUAGUCCCAGGCAGUCAUGGCGCCCUCCUUGCUCCUCUCCGGGGGUCUCUUCCUAUUAGUGGGCGCUCAGUUGCUGGCUGCCCGGAUGGAGCCCUAUGACCUCCUGUAUAACACCGGAGUACAGGCGUAUCACCGGGAGGACUGGCCGUCCGUCGUCCUCUCCAUGGAGAAAGCGCUGCGCAACCGGGAGCUCCUGCGGCGCAAUCGCAUGACUUGUCGCAUACAGUGCGCCAAUGUGAGCGACUACUCCACUCAGCCUCCAGGCUGGGGACCAGUCCAGGAUCUGAGCUUCUUCCAGAGGGUGCUGGAGACGGCGGACUGCGUGAAGAAGUGCGAGAAGGAGAAGAUGGGAGCCGCUUCUACCUACUUUAUGGCCAGCGAGGAGCUGGAGACGGAGUUCAGGAAGAGGACCCCCUAUAACUACCUGCAAGUCGCCUACUUUAAGAUUCACAAAUUAGAUAAAGCUGUGGCGGCCGCACAUACUUUUUACGUGGGGAACCCCGACCACCUGGAGAUGCAGCAGAACCUGGAAUAUUACAAGAUGAUGGCUGGUGUGUCCGAGUCAGACUUCAGAGAUCUGGAAGCCAAAGUCCACAUGCAAGAGUUCCGUCUGGGAGUGAGCGAUUAUGCGGAUGAGGAGUUUCGAUCUGCCAUUGCUUAUUUCGAAAAAGCCUUGGAGGAAUAUCUCAUUGCAGACCAUGAAUGCCGCAGCCUUUGUGAAGGACCCUAUGAUUAUGAGGGCUACAACUAUCUCGAUUACACUGCAGAUUUAUUCCAGAGUAUUACAGACCAUUAUGUGCAGGUGAUGAACUGCAGACAAGGCUGUGUCUCAGAACUGGCCAUACCGCCCGGCAAGGAGAAGCCUACAGAAGACUUCCUUGCUUCACAUUUCAAUUACCUGCAGUUUGCAUAUCACAACACUGAGAAUUAUACAAAAGCGAUUGAAUGUACCAAAACCUACCUACUAUUCCACCCUAAUGAUGAGGUCAUGAACCAGAACUUGAUCUACUAUACCGCCGUCCUGGGGGAGGAGAGUGCUUCUGUAAUUCAACCAAGAGAGAGCAUCCAGUCUUACAUUAAGAGAAGCUUACUGGAGAAGGAGUUGCUCUAUUUUGCCUACGACAUCUUUGGAAUUCCCUUUGUGGACCCUGAUACAUGGACACCCGACAGUGUCAUCCCGAAAAGACUGAGAGAAAAACAGAAAAUGGAACGAGAAACUGCAGCCAGAAUAUCUGAGGAGAUUGGUAACUUAAUGAAAGAGAUUGAGAAUCUGGUGGAAGAGAAGACCAAGGAGUCAUUUGAUAUAACAAAAACUGUAAGAGAAGGUGGCCCAGUUUUAUUUGAUGAAGUCAGCGUAGUGAUGAAUUCGAAGACCCUCAAUGGAUCACAGAGAGUGGUGACCGACGGGAUCAUCUCUGAAGAUGAAUGUCGGGAACUGUUACGUCUUACUAAUGCCGCAGCCUCAGCGGGUGAUGGAUAUCGGGGCACAACCUCCCCUCAUACCCCGAAUGAGAAGUUUUAUGGAGUAACUGUGUAUAAAGCACUAAAGCUAGGGCAGGAAGGAAAAGUCCCGCUGAGGAGCGCUCACCUCUACUACAACGUCACAGAGAAAGUGAGGCGUGUGGUGGAGUCGUAUUUCCGCCUGGAUUCCCCCUUGUACUUCUCUUAUUCUCACCUGGUCUGCCGUACAGCCAUCGAAGAAAAGCAAGCUGAGCGGAAAGAUUUGAGCCACCCUGUGCAUGUGGAUAACUGCAUUCUGAACGCUGAAGCUUUGAUGUGUAUAAAGGAGAACCCUGCCUAUACCUUCCGGGAUUACAGUGCCAUACUGUAUUUAAAUGGAGACUUCGAAGGAGGACAUUUUUACUUCACAGAAUUGGAUGCAAAAACAGUCACCGCCGAAGUAAAGCCGCAGUGUGGACGGAUGGUGGGAUUCUCAUCAGGGGCCGAAAAUCCUCAUGGUGUGAAAGCUGUAACCAAAGGCCAGAGAUGCGCUGUGGCACUGUGGUUUACCCUGGAUCCCAGGCACAAUGAGAGAGAGCGAAUUCAAGCAGAUGACUUAAUAAAAAUGCUGUUCAGUCCAGAAGAAACUGACAUAUUUGCGGGCAAUGGAUCAGAGGGGAAAACGGAUACGCAGGCUUCAGGAGAAAAGACAGAGCAAAGUGCUGGCACCCCACCAGAAGCACCCACAGCCCCAGGCGCCUCUAAACAAGGCGUACUCGGCCCCCCAUUAGACUCUGUGAAAUCAAAAACGGAAUUAUAACAGUAACUCGGACUUCGUCCUGCGGACUGCUGCCUUACACAAUCUGUGAAUCAGGGACUCGCAUUGCCACAGAUCUCCAACCAAUUACCUUUAUGGUAUUUUUGAGUUUCCAUAAUUUUUACAAUUUUUAUUUUUUGUUAUGGACUUUUUUUUACCUGUCAGGAGGUACAGAACCCGCCCACUUACCGCAAUGAACGUUUUACGGAUUUACAGAAUAUAUGUCGAUUUGAGGAGAUUCUUUUUUUUAUAUAUUUUUUUUAUUUUUAUUCCUGUGCAUUUUUUUUAAACGUUGAUUUUUUGAGUUGUCACAAAAAAAAAAGUGAUACCGGUGCUAUAGUAUUCUUACAUCACAGUUGUGGAAUACUUAUCCCGGGAGAUACAUCUAAAGGAUUUGUCUAUGACUUGUCUGAUGCAUUGGACACUUGUAGGAGAGAAUUAAAGGGGUUGUACAGCUUUUUUUUUUACUUUUUUAAGUUUCAACCCCAGUCUGCGGUACCUGUGGAAAAAUCCAUACUCACCUUCUCCCCGGUGCUCCAUUCCAGUUUACUUUAUUGAUCUUUGGUUCUAAAUGGACAGGUUCACAUCCGCCACUGCAACCAACGACUGGCCCCAGAAGUGACUUGUCCCCGAGUAGCAUGUGACCCAGUCAUUGGCUGCAGUGGUGCGCGCGAUCCCGUCCAACUGGAAGUUUACAGGCAGGGACCAGAAGACCAGUGAAGAGAGUCAGAAUGGAGUGGUGUGGAGCGGGUGAGUAUGGCUGGGGUGGAAAUUUUUAAAUGUAAUGGCUUGGCUGGGUUAUUUGGGCUUGCCCUGUACUGUGGGACUUAACGUCAUCAAGAGAGGUGGAGCAAGGUUGGACAUGACCCCAACAGAAAAUGGAACCCCCCUCCACCCCAUUCACACAUACACGGAUACAGUUGUUUUUAUUUUCUGCUUCCCGCAGAUGGAGAAAUUAGUUUUCUAUUCCUGUUUAUUACAAAAAAAGAAACUUGGUGUUAACCGGAACCACCGACCAGAUUCUACCUAUCGCUUUGUCCGUAAAGGGCAGACGCUGUAAGCCUUUGAUUGAUUCCACAUAAUGAAUGCAACUUUUGUAUGCAGUGACUUAUACAUACAGUGCUUGCAGUGACCUCCUGUGUGCAAAAGGUGCUUUGUUUGUAUAUUUUAGGGCUCAUGUACACGACCGUAUGGCUUUUUCAGUGUUUUGCGGUCCGUUUUUUACGGAUCUUUUGUUCCGUUUUUU